AUGUCGGUGGUGGAGAGCAACAAGGAGGGCGGCGACGCGGCGCCCGCGACUCUGCUGCAGCCCACCAGCCUGGCGGUGGCGCCCUCGCUAAUGCUCGACCCGGCGCUCUCCGAGAUGUCGGAUGAGCUGUCGCAGUCGCAGUCCCUCUUCUCAGCCUACACUUACCACGAAGACUCUGACGACGCCUACUCACAGGUGCUGAGCGAGUUGGACCUGGUGACCAAGGAGCAGUGGCAGACGCCGGCGUUGGCACCCAUGGUGGGGGUGGGCGUAGGGGUGGGGAUGGGGGUGGGCAUGGCACCGGCUACGUGGCAGCUGACGCGGCCCCCACCCUUCUGCCCCGAGGUCAUCGGCGACGCGCCGCCAGUCGCUCCGGAAGCCUACACGCAAGAUGGGUGGUGUGAUCCAGACAUGGUGGACGGCGUCGCGGGCGGCGGCGCGGUGGUGGCGACACCACACGGGACCAUCAACCUGCGCCUGCGCGACCGCGUGCGCGUCGAGAUGACCGUUGACCAGGCCAUCCGCAUCGUCAGCCUAAAGAACAACAUUUUCUUGGCACUGAGCAGCAGCGGAUCAUCUUCAGCACUGAUCCACCCAAAUGGCUGCGUCUACCAGUACGGCAGCCGCGUCGAGAUCCUCGCCAACGAUGCCAAUGGAAAUUACAAGCUAGCCAAGAUGUGGUACAAGGGCGUUAGCUUCACGUCGGAGAAGUGCGCGCUGGUGUACCUCGUGGACGCGGCCGGCACGCGCACCACCACUGACGUAUUCUCCGACAUGAGCAACGACUUCACCCUGUCCGUUUUCUACGACGACUCCUGCCACGGUCUGCCGUAUAUUCAGGACUGCAUCGCUACGCUUCAGCGGGCGCAGCAUUGGGUCACCGAUGAAGGAAUCUUCCACUGGAUGAUCAACAGCGUGCACAUUUCACAGACACAGGAUGGACUCGUAAGGGUGGCGCGCCACUCCAACAAGUACCAGAUGCGGACGUCGCCUGCCAACGGGACGGCGUCGCUGACCACGCCUUUCGUGCACUGCACCGCCUCGCUAGGACAGUCUUCCCACCUGUUCGUGAAGCGUGGCGAGCGCCGCAUGCACUACGACGGCUCCAGCUUCAUCGUGCGCAACGCCGGGCAUUCGGCCGGCUUCGACGAGAAGAAUCAGCUCAAGGUCUACUGA